AUGCGGAGUGCCUCUGGUGUUGAUGGAGACAGAGUCUCAGUGUCAGUGAUGAAGGGAGAAUCAGUCACUCUACACACUGGUGUUGAAAUGAACCCACAAGACAGGUUCAGAUGGUAUUUCAAUGACACUCGCAUCGCUCAAAUCACUGGAAAUCUCAGUAAGAUCUGUACAGAUGUUCAGUGUAAUAAAGGUACUGAGAGAUUCAGAGACAGACUGAAGCUGGAUCAUCAGACUGGAUCUCUGACCAUCAUGAACACCACAAACACUGACUCUGGACUUUAUAAAGUACAUAUGAGUAACAGCAUCAUUACAUUCAGCGUUAAUGUCACUGGUGCAUUAGGUGUUGAUAGAGAAGUGUCAGUGAAGGAGGGCGAAUCAGUCACUCUACAAACUGGUGUUGAAACAAACCAAGAAGACAGAUUCAGGUGGUAUUUCAAUGAAACUUGCAUCGCUCAAAUCAGUGGAGAUCAGACUGAGAUCUGUACAGAUGUCCAGUGUCCUGAGAGAUUCAGAGACAGACUGAAGCUGGAUCAUCAGACUGGAUCUCUGACCAUCAUGAACAUCACAAACACAGACUCUGGAGAAUAUACACUACAGAUGAACAAUGGCAUCAUUACAUUCAGCGUUAACGUCACUGUGCGAUGA